UCUCUUUCCCUGAAGAAGUGGAUCUGGCUGGUGACUUCCUAUGAGCAGGCCUGGGAGCCAGUUAAAUCCUGGAACUUGAGCUGGGAGGAGCCCCCUCAGACAGCUUCCUUGAGAUGGUCACAUGGUAUUUUGGAAGAUCUAUUAAAUGAAUUUGAACUUGGCUGGUGAAGAAUAGAAGCUCUGCUGCAAGAGGAAGCCACCCUCAUUCAGAAUUUUCCUGGAUUAUGCUUAAUUUUAGGAUAAGAAAUUUGCUACCUGCCUGAAUCCAGAAAGUGAACUCUUUGGAGAAGGCACCAUGGAGAUGCCUGCAGAGACCUCACACUGCACAAGAAUGAACUUUGGAUUUGGAAUUUUCAACUUGGAAUUGUGCCUCUUCCAAUCAACAUGCUACCUUUCAUUAACACUACAGCUUCUCUCACCUUCCUUCUCACUGGUGUUCCCGGACUGGAAGCCUUCCACACCUGGAUCUCUAUUCCUUUUUGUUGUCUCUAUGCAACUGCCCUUUCAGGAAAUAGUAUGAUCCUCUUUGUUAUCAUCACUGAACCAAGCCUCCAUGAGCCCAUGUACUAUUUUCUCUCCAUGUUGUCCACCACAGACCUGGGUUUGUCCAUAUCUACUCUGGUCACCAUGCUAGGCAUAUUCUGGUUCAAUGCCAGAGAGAUCAGCUUUAAUGCCUGCCUGGCUCAGAUGUUCUUCAUUCAACUCUUCACUGUCAUGGAGUCCUCGGUACUCUUGGCCAUGGCCUUUGAUCGCUUUGUGGCCAUCUCUAAUCCCCUGCGGUAUGCCACCAUUUUAACAGAAUCCAGAAUUGCUCAGAUUGGAGUGGUGAUUGUCACCCGGGGGACAGUUAUACUUACACCGAUGGUGGUUCUACUUAAACGCCUAUCCUAUUGUAGCAGUCAUGUGCUCCAUCACUCUUACUGCUUCCACCCUGAUGUGAUGAAGCUGUCAUGUACAGAUACCAAAGUUAACAGUGCAGUUGGAUUAGCGGCUUUGAUUAGCACUGCUGGAGUGGAUUCAAUCUUUAUCCUCCUCUCCUAUGUAUUGAUCAUUAAGACUGUCCUCAGCAUUGCCUCUCCAAUGGAGCGGCAAAAGGCUUUUAGCACUUGCAUCUCCCACAUUGGAGCUGUAGCUAUUUUCUAUAUCCCUCUCAUCAGUCUGUCCUUUGUCCACAGAUUUGGGAAGCAAGCUCCUCCCUAUGUGCAUACACUCAUUGCUAAUGCUUACCUGCUCAUACCCCCAGUGAUGAAUCCAAUCAUCUAUAGUGUGAAGACCAAGCAAAUCCGCAAAGCAGUGCUCAAAGUUUUACUUCCCAAGGGGUCCUAGGUCUGACUGAGGAUCUGAACCCCUCAUUUCUAUUCCUUAUGGGAAAGAUUCAAACAUAUUGAUGAUCUAAUCAAUAAAGAUUGUCUGGGGGACAGUGGAAUUCAACUUCCCAGUGAGACAUCAGCAAUGUCUUAAAGUGAGAUGGGAAAUGGAAGAGAGAAUAGCUUUACUUGGGAGGUUAAUUUUAUUCUAUAAUAGAUAAGAAUGUGAUAUCACUAGAGUAAUCAAUUUCUUGUUGUGCAUAUAGAAAUUUGCUACAUCUGAAAUACAUUUACCCAGCAUCCUUUUAAGCUGCAUCCUCAUUUUAUAUACAGAGGCUUGCAAGACAAAUUUGACUGAGAUUCAUGCUGCAGGACUCUUUUGGAUCUUGGGUUUUUCUGUAAAGCACAACAGGUGUGGGUCUCUGGCUCUGAGCUCGCUCACUUGGCUGAAUUAACUUCACUUUAUCCUAUAUAAUAAAUACUUUGAGUAUUUAUUCAUUUUAAUCUCACAUUAGUCAAUCUCUACUAUAGAGGAUAGGCAGUGAUUAUAAUGUAUGAUUUGUUAAAAAUUAAAUUGUUUGUAUUUUUCUUUCCUAUUUCCAGACAUUCUUUUUAUAAACUUUCUUCAUAUAAGCAAAUAGACAUUUUCUAAAAAUUCAAUUUUGUAAAAAAGCCAGAUCUGACUUUUUUUUUUGAAAUGUCUCCAAAUUUCAAAUAGCAAAUAUCCCCUGAAAACUUAUUAUGUUCAGGUAUUUUGAUUAAGUAGCUAAACUUUAUAUUGGUUAAAAUGGAGUAUUCAGGAUCUGAAGUUAGAGGACUAUGGAUUAAAGGGAUUAUCAUUUAUUGCCUAUGUGACCGUAGGCAAAUCACUCAAUAUUUUGUCCUCAAUUUCCACAUUCAUAAGAAGAGAGGGAUAAAUUAGAUGUCCUCUCAUAUCCCUUCCAACACUAAACUUAUAAACUCCAAAUUAUAUAUCUAUUAAUUUCCUAUCAUAAUAGUCGAGACUAUGGACUUAAAAUGACAAUCCUCUUCUAUUUUUUAUUUUCUUUUUUCUCACUGGUUAUAGUAUCUAUUUUUAAAAUUACAUAUAAAACAAUUUUAACAUUUGUUUUCUAAUAUUUUGAGUUUCAAAUUCUUUCUUUACCCUUUCCUUUCCUUGAGGCAGUAAGCAAUUUGAUAUUGCUUUUACAUGUGGUAUCAUGCAAAACAUAUUCCUAUAUUUGUCAUAUUGUAGGAGACAUAAUGAAAAUGAAGUGAAAAUGAUAUGCUUUUACCUGCAUUCAGACUCCUUCAGUACAUUCUCUGGAGGCAGAUAGCAUUUUUAAUUAUCCUUUGGAUUGUUCUGAAGCACCAUAUUAUUGAGAAUUGCUAAAGCAUUCAGUUUUUCAUCAUCCAGUAUUGCCUUUACAGUACACAGUAAGAGCAGUGUUCUGCUGGUUCUACUCACUUCACUCUACAUAAGUUCCAUGUAAGACUUUCCAGGAUUUUUUCUGAAAUCUUCCUGAUCAUCAUUUAUUAUAGCACAAAAAUAUUCCAUUAUAAUGAUAUCAACACCCUGUUGAGCCAUUCCUCAAUUGAUGAACAUCUCCUCAGUUUCCAAGUUUUUGCUACCACAAACAAAGCUAAUAUAAAUGUUUUUGCACAAAUAUAUUCUUUUCCCUUUUAAAAAUUUGAUUUGAUUUGAUUGAUUUCCCCCUUUUUUUGGAAAUCUUUGGGAUACAGGCCUAGUAGUGGCAUUGCUGGAUUAAAAGGUUUGCACUGAACACUUUUAUAACAUUUUGGGCAUAGUUCCAAACUCCAUCAAGAGUAUAUUUGUGUAUCAAUUUUCCCACAUCCCCUCCAAUAUUUGUCAUUUUGCUUUCUUGUCACAUUAGUUAAUCUGGUAGAUGUCAGGUGGUACAUCAGAGUUGUUUUAAUUUGCAUUUCUUUAAUCAAAAUUGAUUUGGAGCAUUUUUUUCAUAUUGCUAUGAAUAGUUUUCAUUUCUUCAUAUGAAAAUUGCAUAUCCACUGACUAUUUAGAAACUGGCAAAUGACUUGUACUCUUAUCAAUUUGACUCUGUUCCCAAAUUAUUUGUUAAAUGAGGCCUUUUUCAGAGACACAAUGCAAUUUCCCCAAGUUUCUUUUCCUUCUCAUCUUGGUUGCAUUUGUUUUGUUUGUACAAAGUCUUUUUAAUGUAAUAUAAUCAAAAUUAUUCAUUUUCUCUUUUGUAACAAUGUCUACCUCUUGUCUGGCCAUAAAUUCCUCCAUUAUCCAGAGAUCUGACAGGUAAACUAUUCCAUACUCCCCUAAUUUGUUUAUGGUAGUACUCUUUAUGUCUAAUUAAUGUACCCAUUUUGACCGUAUCUUGGUAUACUGUGUGAGAGGUUGGUCUAUGUACUUUCUAGCACAUUUUUUUCCAAUUUUCUGAGAAGUUUUUGUCAAAUAAUGAGUUCUUGUCUCCAAAGCUUGACUCUUUGGGUUUAUCAAACACUAGAUUAUUUUGCUCAUUUUCCACUUGAUUCACUACUCUAUUAUUUAGCCAGUUCCAGAUUGUUUUGACUGUUAAUUUAUAGUACAGUUUAUGAUCUGAUGUAGCUAGGCUUCUUUUUCUUUUUUUAAAACAACUUCCUAAUUUUCCAUAUCUUGGAGUCAAAUCUAUCGAUGAAAUAUCGUAUGUAUUGACUUCACUGACAAUCAGACUUUGCUUAUAUUAUCCAGCCAUCCAUUUAUUUGUUUAAAAAACUCACAUUUAAAUACUCUACUUAUAAACAUCCAAAGAGGUGGGUAGCAUAAGUAAUAUCUUUAUUUUAUACACAAUGGAAUCUGAGGUUAAUGACUUACCCAUAGUCACAUAUACUUAAUUCCCCAUCUUUUGAUUUGAAGACCAGUGUUCAGUUUACUAUGCUUCACUUACAUAGCUAAAGUUACACAGGUGGCAAAUGUUAGAAUUUUAGACAACAAUUAUUGUAUAAAUCACAUUCAUUGAAGUUCCCCAUUAGAUAAAAAUGUGCAAAAGGAUCUAAGCUCUAGUUGUCAAAGGAAGAAAUUCAAGCUAUUUGGUAGCUAUAAGAAAAGAGUCUAAAUUAUUAAUAAUUAGAGAAAUACAAAUGAAAACAUAUCUAAAAUACUACCUCAUACUUAUUAUAUUGGCAAAAAUCACACACAAAAAGGAAAAUUUACAAUUUUGGAGAUACUUCAGGAAGGUAAGCACACUCAGCUGAUGAUAAACUUAUGAACUGGUCCCUGUAUUUGGUAAAGCAAUUUGGAAAAAAAAAUAAAGCAUUAUACUCACUGA